AUGGGCCUGUCAGCGGGGGCGUUGCCAGCCCAGUCCCAACAUAGCACUCUUAUCCGAGAAGAUACACACAGCACGUUGCAAGAGAGACAAUCUUCGACCGUAUCUAGAGACCAUGAAGUGCCUGGAGGCACAGGAGGCUCAUUGACAUGGGUUUCGGACGACACGAGAGAGCGAGAUAACUUUCGAAGGAUGCGAUCGAAUAUAGGGUACAUUGCACCAAAGUCGCCUUUUGUACCGGCUGACAUGAACGAGUGGCUUGUCCACCGUGUGGAGACACUGGAAGAUAAUACUGGAAAAAUGAGUCGAACUAUAACGCUGAGAAGGAGGGAGAAAGCUUCGCUUUGCGCUACGGACAUACAGCCGGCUCUUGGUGGAAGACGGUUUGGAGAUUUCCGAUCAGCCGUACUAGCUCAAACAACAAUCUGGAGGCCUGACGAAGCGGAAAACCCCUCCAGGUUGCAGGCCCCAUGGCCUGAUUCAAGCGAGCGCAAACACGAAGGAUAUCAACGAGUACGGUCUGGCUAUAGUCGGUUCCCACCUCUUCCCCGAGUGCCUGGCAAUCCAACUGUCAAUUGGAAGCAGCGUUCACCUAUAACGGCAUAUGAUUUUGAUCGAGUUGGCCAGCCGGUUGUACCGCAAGACACAGCCACAGAACAUGAUUGGGGUAUGGAGUCUUUGAUUGGGUGGUCACUUCUUCUGGAGAUAGAUGCAUAAGUAAUUGUCAGGCAAAAAUGUACUUUGGAAUUUCGACGUUUCUCUUUUGACAGUGUGUUUCUUCAUGUGUUUGGGCGGAGGAUUGCCAUAGUCAACUUGAAUGGAAUUUUGGUUUCGUAUCAUUAAUACCGAUGACUCUGCGAGU